AGUUAGUUUUUCUUUUUUUGGUGCCGAGACAGUGAAAAAAAAGGGGAGAGGGAACGACCUCAUCUGUCGAAGCUCCCUUUGUGUGAAUGCGGUGAGCUGCGCCAUCUCGUACAACGCUGCAACAUUCCGCGGCUCUCAACUGUUGGUGAAGAGGUGUUAGAGUAGCGCAGGCUGUGUUUACGAAGAAAAGAAGAAAGCGCAACAGGAAUCGGAGAGGUGCUCACAUCAUCAAGCAGUCUCUGUUUUGUUAUUUUCACUCGAAUUACUGGCUCUUUCUUUUUUUUCAUUAAAUCCAAAUGAGCUUUCGUGUGCUGCCGAAGAGGCUUUCUCGACCGGCUGCGCACGUCGGGUCAGCAACCUCUACGUUGUCGUCGUCGACAUCGUCGAGUUCCGGUACAGCCCCGUCGCCUCUACUGCAGUUUCCUGCCUUCCAUCCAGCCCCGUUUCAGCAUGACAAAUUUCUCUCGAUCAAGACCCGUUCACUCGAAACGUACACGAAGCUGCGAAGCGACGUGCUGCAGCGAUCCGCGGAACUCCGUACGCAGCUGCAGCGAAACCAGGAGCGGGCGAAGCGCCGCAGCGGUGCCGCUGCUGAUGAAACAGCGACCACGACUUCCCUUCACAUCGAAGCAGCACAUACCUCGUCCUCUCUAUCGGCGGCCUCCGUCGAGGUGCCUCCUCUCCCCCUCACGCCGCCUCAAGCGGAGGAGCUGCUGUUGCUAUCCAAGAAGGUGGAGAGUCUCACGGAGUUCCAGGGCCUGGUCCUCUCCGAUGAACUUGCGUGGCGUAUGUUUCACCUCUGCGUUGAAUGCGGUGCACCACGGCAAGCAAUCGACAACUGGCUGCGCAAACAUCUUCUUGCCGAGCAUCGGGGGCCACCUUACCCUCUUUUUCUGUUAAAGGACCUCGCUACCGUUCUUCGCACUUCGGUGCUGUCGCGACUCCCUGAAAGUGGAGCGAGCUUGUCCUGCAGUAGCAGUCUUCUCCUUUCAGAUGAGGCAGAUGGCAGAGGUGGGCUUGUGGGCCUCGAGGAUGGUCUUGUCGCCGCACAACGGUUUUUGCAGCUGUACCGCGUGCACCGCGUGCACGACGAUGCAGAGGGCGCCGCGUUGGACGACAACCAUUCCCGUCCCGGCGAGCUGUACGCCGCCCACCUGAUCCACGACUACGUCUGGCCCGUGUGGAGAAGUUUGGAGGCGAUGCAGCUCACACUUGAGACGCUGAAGGGUCAAAAGGAGCUGGCCGAUGAGGACCAAUGCGUGGAAAACGAAGAAGAAAGUAACGAAAUCGGUGUGGACAGGAAUGCGGCAGAGGGCGAAGGCGGAAGCGAAAGCGGAAGCGAAAGCGUUACGCACAGCUUUCGAAGGUCGGCGGCGACGGCAGGGAUCACGUGUUGGUGCCCAGAUGUGGCGGAGCAGGCAAAAGCCGUGCGGUCAACUCUCAUGUCGGUGUCUCCUCUUUACUCGUUUCACCAGACAGCGUUGAAGUCGGCUGCAUCGCUGGCAACACACGCAAAGGCAGGAGGGAAGGGCGAGGAAGCGGCGAGUGCGAAGUCCAUGUCGAGCCGCGCUCAUACGCUGCUGGCGUACAGCCCGCCUUCCUUCGACACCGAAGUGGAGGCCGUUGUCGCGCCUCUGCGGGCACUGCUCGAUGUGUGGCUGGCGGUGGCUCAGUGCGCGUCAGAAGCAAAGGACACUCGUCUGCUACACGAAGUUCAACACACUCUCUGUGUGGGCUUCCUUUGCUGCUCCGCUCCGGAUGUUCACAAAACCGAUGCUGCUGUCCAACAGACGGUGCUCGCCUGCUCCCUUAACGAGGCUGCGUGGUGCAGAUAUGGUGCCAUUCUUUCCUCCGCCUUUUCCUCCGGUGCUUCUCGUCUCGCCGGCGAGGCAGAAGCGCAUGCUCGAGCAGUUGUGCACAGCUUUUUGGCCGACACACUGUCCGUCGUGCAGUACGGCCUGCUGUGCGUCGAACAAGAACAGGCUCUGUGGCAGCUGCACGACACCAGUGCCCUCAUCUGCGGCGGCGCCGCGAUGUUGAAGAGGCUGCGUGGCGCAGAUCCUUCAAGCAAUUUUGCGGCUGACUCUGUCGACGUGGACAGUGCUUCACGCCGUCUUCAGGCCCUUGCCGUGGCUCAGCACCAAACAGCAGAAGAGGAAGAACGCAACCUCUUGUGUGACGCCCUGCCUCGUGCCCUCCGUGGCACCGUCCACAGCAGGAGUGAGAGGGUAGCGGACAAGGCAAUGAGGAAGUCUGUCCAUGCUUUCCUCUCGCAGACCCUGGAGGCCUCGUCAGCCGCAGCCAACGGCGAAGACGCAGCUCCUCUCAUGGCCAGCAACACCGCCCUCAGCUACGCUGAUGCCGGUAUGUACGUUGGCGUUGCGAUGGGCGACGCAACACUUCUGCAGCAGGCCGCAGCGGCGGCCGCGAUGUCGGAGAGCGAUGCUGCCGUCAUGCGUUUGCUGUCUCAGUUGCUGCUCCGGUAUCGGCGCGCCGUGGUACGCCUCCGCAGCGCUGACGACGACGCUCCGGAGACGGCCGAGGCAGCCGAUGCUGCGAUAUCCGAUGCAUCGGGGGAGGUCUGGACACGCAUUGCGGCCUUGAGGGAAGGGAAUAGCAUCGCUGAUAGCGACGCUGGUGAGGGCACGUCGUCGGCGGCGCAGCAGCUGGAUGGGUGCUUGCAGGCGAUUCUGCUCGAAACCGCUCGUCGACAGGUGGAGUGUGCAGCGGCCUACGUGCGAGCUGUUCACCCACACGGUCGUGACCCAGAUGAAAGCCCAAACAGUGACGAAGAAGGAGGUGAAAAUGCGGAAGAGAGCCCCGGAGAAGACGGCGCUGCGCAACGCGCUUUUCACUCGGCGGAGACGGAAGAGGCUCGACUGGAAGCUGUGGCGCAGGCGUGGACGCAUCUGCAUGAGGUGAGCACGCGGAAUGUCGUGGAGGCGCUGGAGCAGGUUGCGAUGCUCCUGAGUAAAGCUCGUUGUUGUCUCUCUCCCUCCGCGUUGAGCUCGCUGUCGGUUCUGGGCCGUCUCGGCAUCUACCUUGAGCAAGAAAUGCGCACCCCCACCAGCAGCACACCAUCUUCCGUGCCCUCCUGUUCUCUUACCUCGUCACUGGACAGCAUUAUCGCCCGUUUAACAGGCGACUCCUGUGCGCUGUUGCAACACGCCCUCUCUUCUCCUUCUCCUCUUUGCACCCCUUCGAUUCCAGCUGCAUCUGGGCCAACGACAGCGAUGGUUGGGACGUGGGUGCAGUGGGUGCUGAUCGCUCUCAUGAACCGAGGUGACUGGUCAGGCGUACUGGCGGUGCUGAAGUCGUUGGAUGGGCUCGUUGAGGAGCCGAGGAGCAGUGGGACGGUCAAUAGCAAUGCUUCGGCAUCGCUGUUGUGCAGCACCACCGUCGAUCCUGCGGUGUUUGCCACCCUCUACAACCGUGCACAGGAGGACGGCGCGGCGCGCGUGUGCGCCUUUCUACGGCCUCGACGCGAGUCGCUCUUUUUCUAA